ACGCUGUCGUUUUUGCAGGAAUCAAACAUGGCCAAAUGACAUACGCAAAAAAGGGCUGGUCUUAUCCAAACCAGAAUUCAAUGGCUGCUGCUCUAUCAUCAGUUGCUCAUUCUUUUCUUAACAAAAUCGGUUCAACUCAAGAGCUGAGGAGCAGAGGUUGUCCAAGAUUGUUUUUCCUUCUAGCUUGUCAAAGCCGUGAGCCGAUGGAGACAUCUAGGAGUACAGAGAAGAAGAAAGAGAAGAAGGAGAAGAAUUAUAAGCUACUGUUUUCACAACUUCUCAUUGGAGCUGAGAAGUUUGGGAAGGGUUUGAAGGAGAAUUUGAGCCCACAACAGAAGGGUGACUGGAAAGACUUGGUUUUGAUGAGUUUAUCGUUUGCUGUUUAUGUGUAUAUGUCUCAGAGGAUUGUUUGUGCUUACUGUGCUUGGAUGUCCAUGCCGAAACAGUCAUGGUAGCUUGUCAUUUUCCCCUGAUUACAGUGGAUGAGAAUCUAGUUCGUGACAACUAGAUCCACAAUAAAAAAUAUAUACAUAUCCAAUUGGGAUAAUAUAUAUACUCGAUUGGAUCUGAAGUGUUACACUUCAAUUAACACCUCUGUGUUUGUCUAUGAUAUUCAGAUGGGUUCUGAUAAGAUAUUUUUUAUAUUACUUUUUCUAUUUUUAAUUUGUCUUCCAAUUUGAUUUC